AUGCCCUCUGACGACCAUAAUAUCCCCGCCAUCGUCACUACCGACCUUUCGCUCGACGUCUCUGAUGACCAUGCCCCCCCGCGUCUCACUUUAUCCCCCGCUCAGGCCCUCUCCCCUUCGGACGGCCUUUUGUCUCCUCGUACUCCGUCGGUAGCCACUCGCGGGUCUCUAGACGUCCUUCCCAGCUCCCCCACUCACACAGACGAUGGUUCUUCCAUCACGACACCGCCCUCCCCAACCCUUUCCAAUCACUCUUCUGUGCAUUUUCAGCCGAACACGACACUGUCUCUGCGCGAAAACAAGCCCGAGCCUAGGAAUCAGAGCCUGCUAUUGUCCCCCGAUACACCACUGUCCCAUCAACGCAAGCCGAGCAACGCCACGACAAUAAGCGACGUGACAGAGGCGGACCAUUCUCCGAACGCCCUUCGUUCGGUAAAGUCAUAUGCCACGAGCGAGACGCGUGUGCCCUCGCCUUCUGCCUCGCAUGCUAAACGCGGCACGGUUGAUUCUGAAGCCGCGAGAGGCAGGCGGGCGAAACCAGAGGGCUCUGAUGAGGACGACGAGGAAGAGAUGCAAGCACUUGAGGCUGACGGCGAUCCAGCACCAUUUAGAUUUCAUGCGAAUGCGUUGGCGAUGCUGCCAGACUCAAAGGAUCUGGACCAACUGACCAGUAUGGGUGGCAUAACUGGGCUACUGGAAGGGCUAGCCACAAACGAGUUCACUGGCCUGGUCGACGCGUCCCUUGGAUCUGGCGACGGCCGGCCUGGCGCGGGCAAUGGAGCUUCACCACGUCAUGAUCCAGAGAAGGGUCUAGUGCCGGAGAUCACCCUCACCGAUCCCGAGGGCGAGCGCUCCGAGAACUGGAACUCAAGUGCCGCAUUCGCCGCGCCCAUGGAUAUCCGCCACCAGGUGUACGGGCAGAACGUCCUUCCCUCGCGAAAGAGCAAAUCUUUGCUCUCGCUCAUGCUUGCUGCGCUUAUGGAUAAGGUUCUCGUACGUGAUUUCCGUUUUGUGGCAGAGCAUGUGGUAACGAAAGACCAGAUUCUGCUCUCCAUCGCCGCGGUGGUCUCGCUCGCAUUGGGCCUGUUCCAGGAUUUCGGGACGACCAGGCCGGCAGGACAGCCUCCGGUUGAUUGGGUUGAAGGUGUCGCCAUCAUGGUGGCGAUUGUGAUCGUGGAACGGCAGUUCAAGGCCCUCAACGAUAAGAAAGAACAGCGCGGCGUGAAGGUGAUACGAGGCGGUGAAGAGAUGCUCAUCGACAUCAAGCAAGUCGUUGUCGGCGACAUCGCUCUCGUCGAACCAGGCGAGAUCCUGCCUUGCGAUGGCGUGUUCCUCAGCGGCCAUAACGUGAAAUGCGACGAGUCCGGUGCCACGGGUGAAUCCGAUGCGAUCAAGAAACUUUCCUACGACGAUUGCAUGCGGCUGCGGGGCACCGACGGAGCCGCGCAUACCGACUGCUUCCUCCUGAGCGGCAGCAAAGUCCUAGAGGGCGUUGGCAGAUAUGUUGUGGUGGCUGUGGGCACCAAGAGUUUCAACGGUAGGAUUAUGAUGGCUAUGCGAGGAGAAGCCGAGAACACUCCUUUGCAAACGAAACUUAACGCCCUUGCCGAAUUGAUCGCGAAAUUAGGCGCUGCAGCCGGUAUCAUCCUGUUCACGGCGCUGAUGAUCCGAUUCUUUGUGCAGCUCGGCCAGAACAACCCGCCCAGGACUGCGAACCAGAAGGGCAUCGCUUUUGUGAACAUCCUGAUUAUCGCUGUGACUAUCGUGGUGGUUGCUGUGCCCGAAGGUCUGCCACUCGCUGUGACGCUGGCUCUUGCAUUCGCCACGAAACGCAUGACGUACGAAAAGCUUCUCGUCCGGAUCCUUGGCUCCUGCGAGAUUAUGGCUAACGCUUCUGUUAUCUGCACGGACAAGACCGGAACUCUUACCCAGAAUGUGAUGAGGGUUGUGGCGGGGUCGGUCGGGAUCAAUGCCAAGUUUGUGCGUCGCCUGGAAGAGAACAGUGCGCGGGAGAAUACUGGAGAGCGCAAACACCCCAACGACUUCUCGCUCGAUCAGUCCCAGCUCAACACUGUCGUCAGCCCCCAGCUUCGGGAGCUGUUCAACGAAGCGAUUGCCGUGAACUCGACUGCUUUCCAGGACAAGGACCCCGAGACCGGCGAGCUCAUCUUUGUCGGGAGUAAGACCGAGACCGCGCUUCUGCAGUUUGCGCAGGAACUGGGCUGGACGGAUUUUAAGACGACGCGCAAUUCGGCAACGGUGCUGCAGAUGAUCCCCUUCUCGAGCGAGCGCAAGGCCAUGGGUGUGGUGGUCAAGACGCGCAGCGGAAGGAUCCGGGUGUUCUUCAAGGGCGCAAGCGAGAUUUUGUCGAAACGGUGUGUAUCGCACGUCGUGGUGAGCAAAGACGGGGCCUUUUCUGGCGAUGGAGUCGAGACGGGGCCGAUCGACGAACUGGCGAACGAUAAUAUUUCGCGGACCAUCAUUUUCUAUGCCAACCAGAUGCUUCGGACGAUCGCACUGUGCUAUCGGGAUUUCGACUCGUGGCCGCCCCCAGGACUCGACCAUGAUGACCAGGGCGAGAUUCCGUUCGACGAGCUGGCGAAGGAUCUGACGCUGAUUGGCAUCGUCGGUAUUGAGGACCCGCUGCGGCCUGGGGUGGUCGAAGCUGUGGCUAAAUGCCAUAAAGCGGGCGUGACCGUGAAAAUGUGCACUGGAGACAAUGUGCUCACGGCUCGUUCGAUCGCGACCCAAUGUGGCAUCUUUACACCCGGCGGAGUGAUCAUGGAGGGCCCUGUGUUCCGGAAUCUGACGCCUAGUGAGAAGAUUGAGAUUGUGCCUCGGCUGCAAGUUCUCGCUCGCUCUUCUCCCGAAGACAAACGCGUUCUGGUCGACACUCUCAAGCAACUGGGCGAGAUCGUCGGUGUGACUGGGGAUGGAACGAACGACGGACCCGCGCUGAAGACGGCGAAUGUUGGUUUCUCAAUGGGCAUCGCUGGCACAGAAGUUGCAAAAGAGGCGUCGGACAUUAUUCUCAUGGACGAUAACUUUGCGUCGAUUGUGAAGGCGAUCAUCUGGGGUCGGUGUGUAAACGACGCGGUGCGCAAGUUCCUGCAGUUCCAAGUGUCGACGAACAUCACUGCUGUCAUCAUCACCUUCGUGUCUGCCGUUGCCUCGACGUCCGAGUCUUCAGUCCUGUCCGCUGUGCAGCUGCUCUGGAUCAACAUCAUCAUGGACACGUUCGCUGCUCUGGCGUUGGCGACCGAUCCUGCGUCCGAGUCUCUGCUGGACCGGAAGCCCGACAAGAAGACGGCGCCUCUGUUCUCGACGGAAAUGUACAAGCAGAUCUUCUUCCAGUCCGCGUACCAGACCGUGGUGACCCUCAUCUUCCACUUCCUCGGCCACCAAAUCCUUGGGCUGCAUGCGUCGUCCAUCGCAUCUGUCACACGAACGAACGAUCUCACCGUGCAGACCUUGGUCUUCAACACGUUUGUUUUUGCACAAAUCUUCAAUUCUGUCAACUGCCGACGGCUCGAUCGCAAGCUGAAUAUCUUCGAGGGCAUGUCGAGAAACUGGUAUUUCAUCGUAAUCACGCUGAUUGAAAUCGCCGUGCAGGUCUUGAUCGUCUUCAUCGGUGGAUCUGCGUUCCAGGUGACUCGCAUCGGUGGCCGUGAGUGGGGCAUCUCGCUCGCCCUGGGUGUGGUCUCCAUCCCGCUGGGCGUUUUCGUCCGGCUGCUGCCGACGGCGCCGUUUGAAAAGGUGUUCGAUCGACUUGGGCUGCUCGGACGUGCGCAGGACAUUUUGCCGACGACAGCUACUGGCCCCGACAACGUGGGCUGGAACGCCUUCACCGAAGUCAGAGACAACCUCAGCACCUUCGCCAACCUGCGUGGUGGGCGUGUCCGGUCAUCCUCGUUUGUUAUCAAGAGCCGACCUGCGAGGAUAAGCCAGGACAAAGAACGACCUGUCUCUCUUCUUGCUAUGGCGCCGACGCUCAUGAUGGGCACAAUCGCCGCCAGUCACGCUUGGACGCAGCCAGGCUCACUUUCUGAUCCCACGCAAUCUGACCCAUCCACGUCCUCGGCAGCGUUGUGGGAGGGAAAGCUGCAGCUUCACCCAGCCACGGAGAAGGAUGAUCCAGCGUACAGGCGCUUCGGAGGCAGCCAGAGUCUUGCCGGCAAGCCUGAUCUGUCGUCAUCGCCAUUGUCGUAG